CCCGCCGCCUCCCUCCCUCGCUUGCUUGCUGCCUUGCUCCCUCCCCGGCUGCGGCUGCUGCAACGGCGCGGCGGCGGGAGCAUCCCGGAGACCGGCGUCGAGGAUUUGCUGCUGUCUCUGCUGCUCCAUCCUCCCCACAGGGGCCCUCUCCCCUCUCCCAUCUCAAGAUGGCAGCCAGCAGCUCUGAGGGCUCUGAGAUGAAGGGGGUCACAGACGGUCCCCAAACCCAGGGAGAAGGGGCUGGUCAUCCUGAAGCUGAAACUGGCCCUCCCCAGGCCCCAGCUGGGGUCCCAGAUGAGCCAGAGGCCAAGCAGCCAGACCCAGACACCAGUGGGGCCCCGGUAGACUCAGAGCCCAAGGCUGGGCUGGCUCCGGAAACCAAAGAGACCCCGGCUGGAGACCCAGAAACAGCCCAGGCCACAGACCUCAGCUCAAGCCCAGGAGGGAAAUCAAAGGCCAGCUCCAGCCCGGAAGAAGCAUGCCAAGACCUAACAUCCAAAUCAGAGGAGAGCAAAGAGGCCACUGCAGGCCAAGGGUCCACCGAGCUGGAGUCUGCAGCCCCACCUGAGCCAGUUUCAGAGUCUGCUCCCCAACAGGACAUGCAGUUAGAACCUCAGCCAGACCCCCAGACAGGUUCCCAGCCCACCCCCAAGCCAGCUCUCCAGACAGAGCCCCCUACCCAGGAGGACCCAAGCCCCGAGGCCCUGACAGAGAGUAUGGGAGAAAAGCAGGAGAAUGGGGCAGUGGUCCCUCUUCAGGCUGGUGAUGGGGAAGAGGGUCCAGCUUCCCAGGCUCACUCACCACCUUCAACCAAAACCCCCCCAGCCAAUGGGGCUCCCCCUCGUGUGCUGCAGCAGCUGGUUGAGGAGGACCGAAUGGGAAAGGUUCACAGUGGGCAUCCAGGAUCUCCCCGAGGUAGCCUGAGCCGCCACCCCAGCUCCCAGCUGGUGGGGCCUGGGGUGGAGGGGGGUGAAGGCUCCCAGAAACCUCGGGACUACAUCAUCCUCGCCAUCCUGUCCUGCUUCUGCCCUAUGUGGCCUGUCAACAUCGUGGCCUUCGCUUAUGCCGUCAUGGUGAGCCCCGCGGGACCCUGGCCCAGGUCUCCUAUGGCUCCCAGCUUCCUGCCAGCAUGGGGACAGAGCCCCAGGAGUGGCUUUGCCUUCCCUCCCCUCUCUGCAUGGAUCUCACCUCCCCAUUUACUGGGGCUUUGCUUGGUUUUCCCAGGAACUUACCUUGAGCCACCACUCCCCUGCCCCUUCGGUUGGGAGGGAUGUCAAGGCUUAUGUUUUACACAUCCUUGCUGACCUGUGCCCCCCCCCCCCCAAUCUUCCAAUCUUCCUCCCUUAAUCACUGUCCACGGGGCCGGCCUACUGGAUGACUCUUUCACCUGAUCUCUGCCGGGGCGGGCUUCUCCUGACCUGGGCCUUGGUCCCCACCCUCACCCUAACCCCAGUCCCGGAACAGCCUGCAGCAGGGGGACGUGGAUGGGGCCCAGCGUUUGGGCCGCGUGGCCAAGCUCUUAAGCAUCGUGGCGCUGGUAGGGGGGGUCCUCAUCA